AUGUCCACUAUGUGGCGCUCUUUUACUGCUGUCGGGAUGUUGGUGUGGCCCCGCCCUCUGUGGCUCCACCUGUGUGCAGGUGACUAUAAGAGUCUCUCACACAGACACACGCUCUGCAGAAGCAUGUGGUCUGCGCUCACAAUAUGGAUUGCAGCGUCGUCCAUCGCCGGCGUUGCAACGACAGCGGUCCCGGUGACAGUCAGCGUGGAGACGCGAACGACAGUUACCAUGGCAACCUCCCAGGACCCCAACAUCACUCAACAGUCCACGAUACUUCCUAUAACCACGGCAACCAACAGCACCCACGCUAACUUCACGUCUGCCAUGAUGACGUCAGCCGGCAGCUUGACCACAGCAGGUGGGACUGCCCAGACCCCACCCCAGGCUGGUGGCGUUCCUGCUUGGGGAAUUGCUCUGCUGGUUCUGGCUGCUGUGGUUCUGCUGCUUCUGCUCCUGCUGCUCAUUGGACUGCUGGUGUGGUGCUGCUGCACUAGGGGGCGCUACAAGCACCCGGAUGAUGUCCCCCUCUACACCACACACUCUCGAUUCUGGCACUCCAGCGUAGGCGCUUAUGAGGAUGUGGACAAGCCUGUCAAGAUGGCGGCCAAGUGAGCUUCAGCGAAGAGGCGGGGAAAAACCUUUUUUUUCAUUCUUCCUGAUUUGGACUGAUGGAUAAUCACUCGUGAAUGAAGAUCAAUACGUCAAAGGAAAAGGUGGAACGCCUUGGCCAGGAAUGCUGGAGGUCCAAGUCCAAGUAGUCCCAGUGGGCUCGGUGAAAUGAGUCAGACGAUCUGACGUCUUUGGUCUUUGUCUCCAUGACAACCUGCUCAUCAAUCAUCCCAAGAACAAAAUAAAGCACAUGUUAAUGGUGGGCCAAAAUACUGCAGGUUUUCUCUCCAACCAGUUUCUCCAGCAGGUGAUUUAAUUGAUGAGCUCCUUCCCUCAAACUGAAGGAGGUGUUGAUCAUUAAAAUCACCUGCU